GGAUAAGGAAAAGAUGGACUCAAUAAUAGAGCCCUUUAUUGGAUUCCGGGACAAGGAAAAGGUGGACUCAAGUCACUCAACUUAGUGAUCUGCCAGAAUGUAUCUGUCUAUAAAUCAAUCAAGGUAGAUUCAAGACUGAAAAUUAACUCAUCUCAAUCACCAAGCAGGAGCAGAAACAUCGUCGACCGUGGCCAGCGGCCCGCACAAGAUGCUCCCGCAGCUCAUGUCUCUGCCUCUUCUAGCAGUGAUGGUGAUACACUUCAUGGUUGGCGAGGCAGCGGCACAAGCCAAGCCCGGCUGCGAUAGCCACUGCGGCAAUUCGCCCAUCCCAUAUCCCUUUGGCACCCGCAAAGGAUGUUCCCUCGACGAAGACUUCCUUAUCCGUUGCACUGAAGAUGUUGACCGAGAUGAUUUGGUUGAAAGUCUGGAAAUUUCCAUUCCAGAUCAUUAUAUACGCGUCUUGGCUUGGCCGGCCUACGUCUGCUACAACCAAACCGAAAAGGUCCCCUAUAAGAUCGAAGCCGGGCUCUCUCUCGACAAGUUCCCCAUCUCCUACACGCGAAAUAAGUUCGUGGCUGUCGGCUGCGACAACUUAGCCAUCAUCAACGGUUCCAGAGGAACAAACUACACGACGGGGUGCCUGUCGCUCUGCAACGACCUCGACAGCGUCAUCAAGGGGCAAUGCUCCGGCAUCGGCUGCUGUGAGAGCUCCAUCGCUAGAAACAUUCGGAGCUUCAUCAUAAGCAUUUCUAGCUAUUUCAAUCACUCUCGGGUUCGCUUAUUCAAUCCGUGCAGCUAUGCGUUUGUGGUGGAGAAUAGAGACUUCCACUUCUCUUCCGAUAAUCUUACAUUAUCAGUUUCAGGGUUACAGGACUUACGGUUCCCUGUGGUGUUGGAUUGGGCUAUAGGGGAUCAAAAGUGUCGUGACGCCAAGAAGAAUCUGACUAGUUAUGCCUGCAAGGAGAAUAGUUACUGUGAGGAGUCCACCAAUGGUCCGGGCUACCGUUGCUAUUGCCACCGCGGCUUUGAAGGAAACCCUUACCUUCCCAAUGGCUGCCGAGAUCAGGACGAGUGCAAGGAAUUGAGACCCUGCAACAGAUCUGCGUCCUGCCAGAAUUUACCUGGUAGUUUUCUUUGCAAAUGUCGCGAGGGGUACGUAGGGGAUGGCAAAGUAAACGGAACUGGCUGUUUUCCCAUCCUUCAAUCUCAUAGGUCUCCUUCGGUUGUUAUUGCACUAGUUAUCGGCAUAAGCUUUUUAGGUCUUCUUUUGGGAGGGUCUUGGUUAUUUUUGGGGCUUCAACGCAAAAAGAGUAGAAAACAAAGAGAAAAAUUCUUUCGACAAAAUGGUGGUGACAUAUUGAGAGAGUAUCUCUCAAUUCACGAAGGACAUGCAAAGACAAUGAGAAUCUUCACGGCUAAAGAGCUCAUAAGGGCAACCAACAAUUACGACCAAAACAGAAUCUUAGGCAAAGGAGCCCAGGGAACAGUUUACAAAGGAAUAUUGUUUAAUAAUAUGGAAGUAGCCAUUAAGAAGUCUGCAACAAUCAAUAAGAGCCAGAUUGAUCAGUUCAUUAAUGAGAUGAUUGUUCUCUCCCAAAUCAAUCAUCGUAAUGUCGUGAAACUCUUGGGAUGUUGUUUUGAGACCGAGGUACCGCUUUUAGUUUAUGAAUUUGUCGCCAACGGAACACUUUCUGACCACCUCCACGAUCCAAGACAUCAUUCAUCAUCCUCUAUUAUUGUUCCAUGGGAAACUCGCCUAAAAAUUGCUGCAGAAACAGCGGGAGCCAUUUCAUAUUUACAUAGUGCAACUCGCACUCUCAUCAUUCAUCGAGACAUCAAGUCAUCCAACAUACUCUUGGAUGAUGACUACAUUGCAAAAGUGGCUGAUUUUGGAAUUUCAAGGUUGGUCCCCUUAGACGUAAUUCAGUUUACGACGCUAGUGCAAGGUACGCUUGGUUACUUGGACCCAGAAUACUUCCGAUCUAGUCAAUUGACAGCUAAGAGUGAUGUUUAUAGUUUUGGGGUUCUUCUUGCCGAGCUCCUCACUGGGAUGAAAGCGCUAUGCUUCAACAAGUUUGAGGAACAACGAAAUUUGGCCAUGCUCUUUACUACUUCCAUGAAUGAAGAUCAGCUAUUCGUAAUUGUGGACAGUGGGUUGAUGAAUGAGGAAAAUAUGGAACAAAUAAAGGAAGUCGCUGUCUUAGCGGAGCAAUGCCUAAGAGUGAGAGGAGAAGAGAGGCCAACCAUGAAGGAAGUUGCUACAAGAUUGGAGGGAUUGAUCAGAACAAUGCAGAGACAUUCAGAUGAUCAAUUAUGCUUUCUCGAAGAAUCUUCAUCAACCUUGGACGAUGAUGGUAGCGCCGGAAACACCAUUGUGUUUGGCAAUACAAGUAAUGAUGUCGCACAAUCAUUUGAUAAUAGCACUUGAUUGCAUUGUGAAAGCAGAGAACUUGUCUUUAUCUUUAUGUUGCAUAAUUGAGGAGUUAGAUUUCCAAUUUCAGUUAUCAAUAAAUGAUCAUAUUUGACAA